AUGCCAUUCAUGCCAGUGAAGUUUAACUCGCAAAAGCGGGUAAAGCUGGCUCAGGGCCUAUGGCUGAUCUACUGGCUCUCGGUCAUUGUGGGGAUCUUUAUCUUCAGCCUCGGUAUCUUUUUUAAGAUCGAGCUGCGAAAGAGAAGCGAGAUGAUGGACAAUAAUGAGAGCCACUUAGUGCCCAACCUGUUGAUCCUGGUUGGUUUGUUGGCCUGUGGGAUCAACGCCUUUGGAGGAAAGGUGUGCCACGACUCUCUGGACCCUGUCAAAUUUGCAAAAUGGAAACCAAUGUUGAAGCCAUACCUGAUGAUGUGCUGCGGCUUCAACGGGCUGUUGCUGUUGACUGGGUUGCUCUGCUUCCUCAUGCAGUUUGCCGUGUACCUGACACUGGCUGAGGGCCUGAAGAAUAGCAUCAAGUUCUAUAAGGACACAGACACGCCAGGACGCUGCUUCAUGAAGAGGACGCUUGACAUGACACAGAUCGAGUUCCGCUGCUGUGGCAACAACAACUUCAGGGACUGGUUCGAGGUGCAGUGGAUCAGUAACCGCUACCUGGACAUGAGCAAUGAUCUGGUCAAAGAUCGCGUCCUCAGUAAUGUGGAGCAGAAGUACCUGAUGGACAGCGUACCGUUCAGCUGCUGUAAUCCUGGUUCCCCACGGCCCUGCAUCCAGCAUCACCUGACCAAUAACUCUGCCCACUAUGACUAUGACCACCGCAUUGAGGAGCUCAACAUCUGGACCCGCGGCUGCCGUGAAGCUCUCUUCUCCUACUUCAGCAGUAUGAUGUCAAGCAUUGGAAUAUUAGUCUUAGGCACCAUCAUCCUAGAGUCUGCAGACAUGGCAGGGUUAAAAUACCUCACUACAGCUCUGGAGACAAUGGAGGACCCAGAGAACCCUGAGUGUGAGAGUGAGGGCUGGCUGCUCGAGAAAGGCGUGAAGGAGACAUUCGGCGAUCUGCUAACAAAGAUGAAGACUCUGGGUAAGGGGAACCAGGUGGAUGAGGGAGGAGACGCACAGGAGGCUGCCACCUGA